AGCGCACGCGCGCUCGCCUCCUUUCCCUCCCCCCCUCUCUCCGCCCCCUUGGCGUGGUGGCGUCAGCGCCGAAAAGCGAUUAUGGCACAGACCCAAGGCUUUGGGCGAAGAUACAUGAAAGCCUUUUUGAAAGGCUUUUUUGUUGCUGUUCCUGUGACGGUGACUUUCCUUGACAGAGUGGCUUGCAUAGCAAGAGUGGAAGGAGCUUCAAUGCAGCCUUCUUUGAAUCCCGGAGGAAGACAGGUAUCUGAUGUAGUUCUUUUAAACCACUGGAGUAUUAGAAAUUAUGAAGUGCAACGUGGAGACAUAGUUUCACUGGUGUCUCCAAGAAACCCAGAGCAGAAGAUCAUUAAACGAGUGAUUGCUCUUGAAGGGGACAUUAUAAAAACCAUAGGCUACAAAAAGAAAUACGUAAAGGUUCCCCAUGGCCACAUGUGGGUAGAGGGUGAUCAUCGUGGACACAGCUUUGACAGCAAUGCUUUUGGCCCGGUCUCUCUUGGACUUCUACACGCUCGCGCAACCCAUAUACUCUGGCCUCCAGAGCGCUGGCAGAAGUUGCAGCCCAAGCUUCCUCCGGAACGCCAGCUUCUCCAGGAUGAGGAGGAAUGACCGUUGCAUAUCUGGUGGGAAACAAGUUAUUGACUCUCGAAUUAACUGUAGGAAAGGGGCAAGAACAGCCAAUAACGGAACUGCCGAAUGUGCAGAGUUUGGCUUUACAG